CGGCCGCUGCCGGGACCUGCCGGAGACAUCGCCAUGUGAAGGGGCAGACCCCGGGCCGGCUCUCCACCCCGCCUCGCUCAAUGGGAGAUUUGUUUGGCUUUACACAGGCAAUGCUCCCAAAGACUGUAUGAUAAUUCCUGGUGGCCGAAAGAGGAGGCACAUUCUGGCCAGUACAGAAAAGGAGCAAGAACAGGAGGGCAAGAGCUUCCUACUGCCUCUCUGGCAGAGGUACCAAGUGCCUGUCUGCACCCAAGCAAAUUACUGGUUUUCAGAAAGUAAGUGAGCCUGAGAGCCACCUCGAGGCACUUGGAGAGGGAGAAGAGGACUGGUGCCAACAUGGAUAAGGACAGCACAAACCUGGCUGACCAGCAGUAUGAAUGUGUGGCUGAGAUUGGGGAAGGAGCCUAUGGGAAGGUGUUCAAAGCCCGAGACUUGAAGAACGGAGGUCGCUUUGUUGCGCUGAAGCGGGUACGGGUGCAGACCAGCGAGGAGGGGAUGCCACUGUCCACUAUCCGAGAGGUGGCGGUUUUGAGGCACCUGGAGACAUUCGAACACCCCAACGUGGUCAGAUUGUUUGAUGUGUGCACCGUGUCACGAACAGACAGAGAGACAAAGUUAACAUUAGUGUUUGAACAUGUGGAUCAAGACUUGACUACUUACUUGGAUAAAGUUCCGGACCCUGGAGUGCCUACUGAAACUAUAAAGGAUAUGAUGCUUCAGCUGUUUCGGGGACUGGAUUUUCUGCAUUCACAUCGUGUGGUGCAUCGGGAUCUGAAACCCCAAAAUAUCCUUGUAACCAGCAACGGGCAGAUAAAGCUGGCUGACUUCGGUCUUGCACGAAUCUACAGUUUUCAGAUGGCUCUUACCUCAGUGGUUGUUACUUUGUGGUAUAGAGCUCCUGAAGUCUUGCUUCAGUCCAGUUAUGCAACAGCUGUUGAUCUUUGGAGUGUUGGCUGCAUAUUUGCAGAAAUGUUCCGUCGAAAACCACUCUUUCGUGGAAAUUCAGAUGUUGAUCAACUAGGAAAAAUCUUUGAUGUAAUUGGGCUCCCAGAAGAAGAGGACUGGCCUAAUGAUGUUGCCCUUCCAAGAAAUGCUUUUACUUCCAGACCCGCACAACCUAUUGAAAAAUUUGUACCUGAUAUCGAUGAAGUAGGCAAAGACUUGCUUCUUAAAUGCUUAGCGUUCAACCCAGCCAAGAGAAUAUCUGCAUAUGUUGCCCUCUCUCACCCAUAUUUCCAUGAUCUGGAGAAAUUCAAGGAGAAUCUGGACUGUCACGUGUCAUCCAGCCAAAACUCCAGUGAGGUGAAUGCAUCAUAAGUGCUGACUGAAGACGAACCAUAAAUGAACAAGACAUGUAGCUGACAAGGCCACUGUCCCCUACAAACCACGUAGCUGUCCUAGUGAGAUAAUUAUUUGGAGGUUUUAUGCACUUAUCUUUUAUUUUGGGAUUGUGAUGUGCUUAUCCAUGGAAAUGAAUCUAGUUUACUUUUACCAGAGCAAUGCAAGGGCCAGGGCUUUGACCUGCUCCUUUUGCAGCUUUAUGUUUGUUUUGUUUUUGUUUUGUUUAUCUACCUGGGAAAACUCCAGACAAAGAGAAGCUGCUGACCAGUUUUGCUGCCAUUUUAUCCUUUUAUCUUUGAAUGCUGCCAGUGUUUGAUGAUCGAGUCACUGCCAAAAUAUGAUGCAAUCUCUCUCUCUCUCUCUAGCUGCUGAAGCAUGAUUUGGUACUUUAUUAUUAUUAUUAUUCUGUGAUAUUUAAAGAAUGGCAUUGAAAUACCAGAUCUCUGCAACCUGCAGUUAAUUGAUAUGUGUGCUAACACAUUCAGCUACUGUUCAUUCAUAGCACAUAUGCAGGUGCUUCCCCACUUGAAAACUUGGAUGAAUUAAUUUAUCGCUUCGUUGCUCUAUAAAAAUUUAACAGUGAUGAUGAUGAUCAUAAUAAACGUCUCAGCUUUUAGGUUUUUUCAUACACAAAGCAAUUAUUAUCUAGGUAUGUGUGCAUGUUUCAAAGAACUGUCCUGUUCUUACUGUUUCAAUUCCCAAAUGGUCUUUCUGUGUUGAAAUGUAGACACAUUCUAGUCCAUCAUCUAACCCAUCAUUCCCCCCUGGAAACAGCUGCAAGCAUAUUUUCUUCAUCUCAUUCCAAAUAAUUUCCUGAUAUCCAGCUCAAAGACAUGAGCAGAGCCAAUGAAAAUCAAUACAGAUUUUCACCUUCAACCUGUUCUUGUUGUCAGCCAAAAGCAAAAACAGAAAAAAAUAUUUCUGGUUCAGAAGCAGAGAAUCCUAUACCUGUAAUAAGCACAGAGAAGUAUUUGUGCUGCAUUGUACUCUGUAUACUGUGCUGCCUUACCUGCAACACCCCCCAAUGCAUCACAAGUGCAUGAACAUUAAUGCUCAAAAUUCCUCACAUGUCACUUACUAAGCAGGUUUGUAUUCUAUGCAGAAAUGCAUGACCUUCUCUCCUAUACCACCAUGUGGGGAUACUAGCACAUGCCUCUCCACUAAGGUCAAUGUGCCAUUUUUGAAUGUCAAAAUAACUAAGCAAUUUACUUGUCUUUAUAGCACAGUUAUUUUAAAUAUUACCUGAAAUUUUUAUAUUUAGUAUUUUUACCUUAACUAAAAUAUAUUUUCAGUAUUUUGAAAAGAAACUUUUAUUUUUUUAAUACUGUACUGGCAAAAAAGAAAUAUUUUAAAUCCAUCAAAGCUAUUCCCCUAGCAUGACUUCAGUGCAUUUACCUGGACAUGACUUGGGGGAAAAUAUUGGUCCAAUGAGUAUAACCGAUGCUAAGUGAGGCAGCCAGCUUUGCUUACUCCUGUGACAGUCCCUAGGCUUCUCUCUUCCUCGUCUCUAUUUCAUCUUGUCUAGGUGGUGAGCCAGCAUUGUAUCCUCGUCCAUGGCAUCUUGGCAGAAGCAGGUCCUUAGCAGUGAGUUGGGCAAUAUAACUUUCCCAGUUGUGAUGGGAGAACUUGUAGCCAUUUCACAGGCAGGUCUCUCACUCCUAUGGUGAACUUCACUGUUAACUCUGUUUCAGGUAUCAGCACUGUCUGGGUCAUGGUGCACUGCUAGGAUAGUAAGUGGAUCUUAUCUGUCUCCUGGAUAAAGCUUUUUGUUACUGUUAGACAUUUAAGUUUGUGAUAUAUGGUUAAAUUAGGUCUGCUUUAAACAAGCCAGAUUUUAAAAGGACCACUUGCAUGCUUGCAUGCAGUGGCCUGUGCUUUUAUUUAAGGCCAGGAUGAGCCUAUGCAAAACCUAACCAGAAUGAACAGGCAAGUUGCAAAUUAGGCCUGGCAAGAGCAUGCACAAAGCAUCUGCACACAGAGAUAUCACAGAUCCAUAAUACCAGAAUUUUGGAAGCUCUGUGAGCAAGAAGCUGAAGGCCAGGGAGCUGUCACAGCAGCAAACCUUCUAAUCUUAGCCUUGCCUUUGUCAUUCUCUUUGUUCCUACACCCAAAGGGAACUGCAGACCCACUGCACUGGUGUUGUCCCAACCCUAUUCCUGUAUGGGUUAGUGGACCCAAGUGUGAAUAAUUUUUAACAUUCACAGAGAAGGAUGGGCCAGAGUGAAAUUUUUGCUAACAAUUUUUAAACACUAAGUAGAACAACAAACAGAGCCAAAAGGAUUGCAACAGUAGCAGUUAGAAAAGUUUUUUUAUGGAAUUUAGCACUUUUGAAAUCAUUCCACAUUUAACCCAGCGUGGAGCUAUCUAUCAUACAUAUCUUAUCAGGGCAUUCAGCUGGUGUGGCUUCCCAGCAACUGCUCAGGGAACUCGCCCAGAGCUUUCCUCCAACUAAUAUAGGGGGAAAUGUAGAGGAGGAGAUGAUAUUUUCCAAAAUAGGCUUAAAACUCCCAGAUAGAAACAUGCAUCUGUUCCAUGUAAGAAUCUGUUCUAUUAAGAUUAGCAAAGUAAAGAAUAGAGAAUAUGGUUGCUGAAUGUAGAUACAUUAUUAGGGUAAAAACAGUAAAGGAGGGGAGAGAAUACUUUAAGCCAAAGGUUAGUGUUGGCCCAAAAACUAAUGAGAAUGUGGAAAUCACCAGGAAUUUAACUACUGGAGCAGUAUUUCCCAGUCAUAGUAUCAAAGAGCUAAGCAAGCAGCAGAGAAAAACAGGAGCUGGCUUAUGGAGUCAGAAGCAGAGCUGCUGCAACAUGGUGCUGUAUGUUGUUUAAUAAAGUAGGAUCAGGUUAUAAAUGAGAGUAUUCAGGAGAACAGUUUGCAAAGGGCUGCAUUAAUGGUAACAUUCUGGAACAUCUUUCCAGUGGGAAUGGCAGGAACAAAACCAAGAAAUCUAAGAAUCUUGGCACGGUUAGGGAAAAUAUUUCUCUAAUGGGGUCCUUGUUGUAGCAAGGGCCUGGAUUUAAAGGACCAACAAUUUUUCAAAUUAUCUCCUUUUCCAGAUCUCUUCAGGAAGAAAUUCCAUUUGACAUGCCAUAGGCUUAAUCGUAUUCCAGUCAUCCCUGCCAAACCAUGUGGGGCUUCACUUACACUAGUAAACUGAGAAAGCCUGUUCUCUGGCUGGGCAAAGCACUGUCGUUGGCUAACACCAUGCCAGGAAUCAUAUUUAUAAUUAGACAGCACAGACAGCUGUGGGACUGUGCUCAAACCCAUGCCCUUGCUCUUCUUAUAUUACUGGUAUAGCUCUAAUAUUUUAGUACCUUUACUCAUUACUGCCAUAUGUGUAGGAUGUAGGAAUUGUGUAAGUGAAAAAGAAAGUGCUGUGAUGAAAACUCUUUGUACACCUUUAAGGAAGACUUCAGAGUGCAAUUCUUCUUAGUGAUAUCUAAGCCUGUAUGUGUUCUCUUCUACAGCAGUGGUUCAACAGCAGCUAAAAAAUGCUGAAUAACAAAAGAUGUAUUAAGUAUAGCUCCUAGAACACCCACAAGCCAGGCACUGUGCUCUUCUUAGCAGAGAACAGGGUGUUCUAAGUAAUGAGAGAAGUUUCUAUCUCCCACCAACCUUUUUUUUUCUUUCAAUCACUACUACAUAAUUCUGCAGAAAAGAACAGACCCAAAAGCCAAGGAAAAAAAUCACCACAGCCAACUAGUGAAGUGCUAAUUGCUGAACCAUAGCAAUCCAUCUGGUGCAGCCCUUUCCUUUUCCCCCUGUCCACGCUCACACCAGCCUUCCUGUUUAUCUCCUUCAGUUCCCGUAUGAAAACAGGUUUCAGUGGUGCUCACAGGUGCUAUUUCCAGCAAGAUUCUUCCCAAUUUACCAUAGCUACACAGUGUCAAUGUCCCCUCCAUUCCUAUUACUACAUAUUGCUUCUUUUAGUCCCACAACCUAAACCGGUGGUGAGACAGUAACUUUGUGCCCCUCCUUGCUUAGGCUUAGUUUUGUGUACCCCUGUGUUGCCAUCUGUGUGGUUAGUAAAAUUCCAAAAAUAGGAUUUGUGCAUAUUUCUGUGUAGGCUGUGCCCACACUCCAGGUUUCUUUCAGCCUAUUAGUCCACAACGAUCAAUAAUAGAGCAUCUUUUCCUGUUGCUUCUGUCCUAAAACACACCAAAAAAACCCCUGUUUUUCAUUGUCAUGUUUGCAAAAAAUAUAAAAUUUAGGGCUAUGGGUACAGAGCCUUUUUGAUGAAAGGAAUUACUAAAUUGCAGCAUUUGAUCAUCUUCUGCAUAGGGGAGGGUUUCCAGCAUUGUAACUCUUAUUUGGUUUUUAUACUCAGUGGUUGUUUUAGUGAAUAAGAAGAAAAUAUUGUGCCUUGCUGCUUUUCACAGGUUCACUAACUGUCUUUGAGAAGCAUGAUUUAUUAUACAUAUAAUUCUUUCUGCUGUUAGGUAUUAGACCAACUUUAAUAUGGGAAAUAAAGAGAAAACAUGCUGUUUUGGUCUCUUAGCCAGCAAACUUGGAGCACUUACCUGACUCACAACUGAAAACACAUCAGUUGUCAAAUACAUAUAUGAAUCAGAAGCCACACGGUUUGGUUUAAAAGGCCACAUUAAUAAAUUAUGUUCCAUGUAUAAGACACAUUUGAAUAAUGAGGAAAUUUAUUCUAAGAACUCUGUUUUAUAGAACCACUUGGCUAAUAUUUUUCAUAUACAAUAGGUUCAGGAAUAGAUUAACUUUCAUAUACAAUGUGAAUUAGAAGUUACUAGGCUAUUUGAGUGAUUUUGUUGUUGUAUGCUUGAAGCUUGAAUUGAUUGCAAGCUUAGGAACCUAACAUAUUUAUUUUAUUGCUUCAAAACUGCUUCUAAAUAUCAAGAUCUUCUGUGAUGUUAACAGGAUUUCACACUUUUUUAUGUGUAAAUUAUUUUCUUGAAACUAGUAUGUAAAAAAAAAAAAGCAUUUUUCCAAACUUCAUUAGUGGAGGGAAAACUUAAGAAAUAUAUUUUUACUUUCACAGAGAGGUGAACUCUGCAGUAACUGACUAUCAAUAAGCUAUACUUUUACUUCUUUUUGAUUCCUAAGCGUUGAGUGUGCAGGUUACUUUCAAAGAAGAAAGUCAGAAACGAUCUCUAGAAAAUUAAAUGGGAUUUUAUAUGUUUAAGCUUCCAAGUUUUAUUUUCAUAUCCUGGGUUUUUUUGUGAAAGUACAGUUCAGAUGUACAAAAACAUGACUACAAUUUUAACAGUCUGUAUGACUCAAAUUGAGAUUUUAUUUGUGAGCUGUUUUAUUUUAUUAUCUAUCUGCGUCUUGCAAAUUAUUAGAUAAUGGCUGUAAUAUAAUUCUAGUUUCUGGACUCUGUAACCAUGAAAUCUCAAUAAUUUAUGUAAAACAGAAAGAAGUUUUCUCAUUGAUUUUACUUAACUAGAACAUUGAAAGAAGAAAGAUGUAGACAUAACGAACUGACAAAUAUACUUUUGCCAAGUGUUGCUUCUUCACUUUUGUUUGAAGUUUAGCAAAUAUUGCAUACGGAUAUGCAAUAUAUAUACAAUGUAAGAACCAUAAAGACCACUUAAGAGUAGUGUGCACAAAUAAUAUGAAAAAGAGCUCAUUAGACUCUUGGAGAAACCAGCUGAAAAUCAUUACUUUAGCUGUAACACUCAAAAUCUCAAAACUCGUAUAUUUUUCCAUUAAAAAGUAUUCGUGAAAAAUUAUGUGUAUGUUUUUAAUUCAGUGAUAGGCACCCAAACAGAACUGAAUCAAGUGGGAACUUGUUCUCAAAAGUGAUUUUUCCAGGCUGAUUAGAUACCAUCAGUUCUUCAUGUACUCAUCAGAAACUAAAAUUAACCGGUACCAUUCUUAGAUGAGCCUUUUGCUUUUUGGGCAGAAAAACCCAAGGUUGCUGUGAGUAAAAUUAGUGACUUAAAAGUCCUGUGGAAGCUUCUGCAAUAUUCAUUUUUCCAGCCUUCAUUGAAUGAUGGUGCAAAACAGCAAAGAUAAAUUGAAACUCCUUAACCAUUUGGUCUUUUUCCCUUCACAUUACAUAUUUUAUCUGUGUUGGGAUAUAUUGAUGGGUUUUAUCCAGCCCAAUGAUAAUGAGACUUUUGCAAGGCUAGAGAAAGUAAAAAGAACUUCUGCUAUAGUAUUUUGAUUGUUGAUGAUUGUGGUGGAGCAGAUUUUUUGUUCCCAGAAAGGAUCAGACAAAAUAUACUGCCUUAUUUGAAAAAGAAGAAGAAAAGGCACCCACAAACAGCUGACAAUUAAAGAUUAGAAAGGAGAUUUUAAAGGAACUAUUUGGAAAAUAGUCAGGAUGAGUGAAAAGGAGCAUAUUUUUGAUGUAACAGAUGUAAAUGCAAACAAUGUGUAUUAAAUAUGCAUUGAAACUGAUA